AUGGUCCUCACACGUAACAAAGCGAAAAGCCACACUAGAGAGCACAGAGAGGACAAUGCACACACCCAAACCGACGAAACGAACUCCCAUUUCACCACUAACAACACAACCUUGGGUAGCCGAGGCCCUGCCAGUGCGGAAGUCUUUGGAGGACCGGAACUGACAGACAAUCCUCGACACCCAACGGAAACAAGCGAGACGGACAAGCGGGUUUUACUCCCGUAUUCCUCGCAGGACAGCGAGGGAAACAUGAAUAUACAAAUCGAAAGCGAGACGGACAAGCGGGUCUCAAUCCCGUACUCCUCGCAGGACAACGAGGGAAGCUUCAGUAAACAGAUCGGAAGCGAGACGGACAAGCGGGUCCCACUCCCGUAUUCCUCGCAGGACAACGUGGGACAAAAUAAGAGAUACGUAGUCCCGGUCAGCCGGAGCGCUCCUAGCGCAGAAGUCACAGAAACCAAACCACCCCUCCGACGACCUGUGAGAAUUACGGGGUGGAAUACCAUGCCACCAGACGCAACAGUUGAUGCCAAAAAGUACGACCAAUGGAGGGCAACUAUCGGAAACUACACAACACCAGUUCCUGGACCUUCACGAGUACUUUCAACUUUCUCCGCGGCUCCCUCACCUCUGCCGGUAGCGGGGUCUCCCUGGACUGCUUCCAUCGGUGGAGCUCUGUCGGGGUCCGCAACUCGUUCGACAAGCCACAAUAUAUGGCGAGCCAUAGAAAGCGAUACGGACAAGCGGGUAUCACACCCGUAUUCCUCGCAGGACAGCGAGGGAAGCUCCUAUGAAAGCGAGACGGACAAGCGGGUCACACCCCCGUAUCCCUCGCAGGACAACGGGAAACACAUCAGGAAGAACACAGUCCUGGGUAGCCGAGGCCCCCCUAGUGCGGAAGUUAUAAACAAACCGGAACUAGGGACCACCCCCCGGCGCCCGGUGGACUUUCUCGAAUCAUCGAAAGCAGAGUCUAAAAAACCCCUUCGACGCUCAGCAAGAAUUGCGGAGCGAAUGACCGCUACAGUAGAUAAACGGAAACACAACUCGCGACAGGCAAAGACCGGCAAUUCCACAACACCUUCAAAACCAUCAACACUUCUUUCUGCGGCUCCCUCACCUCUGCCUACAGCGGGGUUCAAUCAGACUGCUUCUGUCGGUGGAGCUCUGUCGGGGUCCGCAACUCGCCUAACAAGCUCGAACGUCCAAUCGCCAAGCUCACUGUUGUCAUCUGACCCAGUACCACAGCGGAACCUCAGAAACAGCCACCUUACAGGCUCAACGCUAGCCAUCCAAUGGAACAUGAACGGAUACUUCAACAACUACUGCGAUAUUGAACUUCUGGUUCAGAAGUACUGCCCAAUUGUGUUAGCCAUCCAGGAAGUCCACAAAGCCGAUACCAUCAAACUUAACAGAUCCCUAGGUGGCCGAUACAGAUGGGUCCUAGGGGUGCACCCCAAUUUUUAUCAUUCCGUCGCAAUAGGAAUUCGUCAACCGUUUCAGUUCACCGAAGUGAGUCUAUACACAGAGCUUCCAGCGGUUGCAGUGAAAGUCCACCAACCAUUUCCGGUGACUAUCGUUUCACUAUAUUUACCAAAUCCGAGAAUCCUCAACCUACGAAAUGAGCUCAUUAACACACUGCGCAAUAUCACCGGUUCAACCCUCGUCCUAGGAGACUUUAACGGACACCACGAGACGUGGGGAAGUCCCAACCACAACCAGCGUGGAGUUACCAUCACAGAAGCCAUGGAGGAGGUGGAACUCGUAGUGUUAAAUGACGGGUCUCCUACCUUCGUACACGGUCGUAUCGAAACAGCCAUAGACCUAAGCUUUUCUAGCCGAAAUCUUCUUCCCCGCCUAUUGUGGCGAACACACUCUGACCCGAUGGGGAGUGAUCACUACCCGAUUAUCAUUCGGACUGAUGACAAACCCUCAGUGCUCACCAGGCGGCCACGGUGGCAGUAUGACCAAGCGGAUUGGACAGCCUAUCAAACCAACGUCGAAAGUUUCCUGGAUCAACUCAACCGGGAGCCCGACCCAACAACCAUGAAUCAACUCUCGAAAGGUCUGUUUAACGCAGCUCUCACAUCCAUACCGAGAAGCAGCUCAGUCCCUGGCAGGAGGGCAACCCGAUGGUGGUCCCCCGAUGUAAAAGCAGCAGUUAAAUCAAGGAGGAAGGCUCUACGGGCGGCAAAACGAAUACCCGUUGGGCACCCCGACAAAAUGAAGGCGGUAGAACUCUAUCGGACAGCUCGGAACGAAUGCAGGAAAACGAUACGCAACGCAAAAACAAACAGCUGGCGAGAGUUCAUCGACGGUGUGUCUAGUGAAAGCACAUCGGCUGAGCUAUGGCGACGAGUUAACGCCCUCUCAGGGAAAAGGAAAUGCAAAGGCAUCACCCUGUCCGUGAUGAACGAGACUACCACUGAUCCACUCGUAGUCGCAAACGCGCUGGGAAACCACUUCCAUACUAUAUCAGCGUUGGAUGGCUACUCUGAAGACUUCAAAAGAAAAAACGAUGUCAAGACAGACUCAAUACGGAGAUACAAAAUACCAGACAUAGACCCAAACCCGAAUCUCAACCAACCAUUCCACAUCCGCGAACUUAAUCUGGCGCUGGCCGUCGGAAAGGGCAAAUCAGCGGGACCGGACGAUGUUGGUUACCCACUCCUUGAGAAACUCACCGCAACAGGCAAGUCGAAAUUGCUGGAGGUUUUUAACCGGAUCUGGACUGAGCGCGAUUUCCCUCGAGAAUGGUCCAGCAGCUUGGUUGUCCCGAUUAAAAAACCAAACAAAACCGGACACUCGCCAGAGGACUAUCGUCCCAUAUCACUGACAUGCUGCGCCUCCAAGGUCAUGGAGAGAAUGGUGAACCGACGACUGACUCAACACUUAUCCGAAAACCAUCUGCUAGACUUCCGACAACACGCGUUCCGAUCUGGCUGCGGGACCAACACAUAUCUGGCCACCCUGAGCCAUGCUCUAAACGAGGCAAGGACGGAAAACCUGCACACUGAACUAGCGGCACUGGACAUUGCCAAAGCAUAUAACCGAGCUUGGACCCCGGCAGUUCUGCAGCAGCUGUACAGAUGGGGCAUCGCAGGCCACAUGCUUCACUUCGUGAAGGGUUUCCUGAGCCAUCGUUCUUUCCGAGUAAUAGUUGGAAAUCAAAAAUCGAGAGAAUUCGCCGAAGAAACCGGAGUUCCCCAAGGGUCCGUGUUAGCCGUGACACUUUUCCUGGUAAAAAUGAACAGCAUUUUCGAGAACCUACCAAGGGGCAUCCGUAUUUUCGUAUACGCGGACGACGUGAUGCUAAUGGUAAUGGGCGCCUCCAUCAAGCUUGUUAGACGGAAGCUCGCCCAAGCCAUUUCAUGGGUGGCGAAGUGGGCCUCCUCAGUGGGCUUCCAACUAUCUCCAUCUAAGAGCGAGUUUACCCACAUAUGUAAUACAAAUCACAGAAUUAGUAACACCCCGAUCCGGAUCCAAGGAACAAUCAUCCCAAGACGAAAAACAAUCCGGAUUCUCGGAGUCACCGUAGACCGUAAAUUGUCGUUCAGCCAGCACUGCGAUAGAGUCAAAAAUGAUUGCCAAAGUCGUAUCAACUUACUUAGAUGCCUUGCCGGUCGACACACGAACUCUAAUCGGAAAACGAGGAUGAACGUCUGUAAUGCUAUAGUAAACUCCCGCCUAUCCUAUGGAUUGGAACUCACGGUAUUGGGUAUCCAGACCCUACUGGACAAAUUCGAUCCCACAUACAAUCGCGCCAUCCGCACUACCUCCGGUCUUCUCCCGUCUACCCCCUCAGACGCAGCUUGCGCUGAGAGUGGCAUACUCCCGUUCCGGUUCUAUAUAAGGAAAACACUAUGUCACCGUGCGAUCGGAUUUAUAAAUAAGACAGAAGGAUCGAACGGGGAAGGUUUUCUCCUUGUCGAGGCUAACCGCCUCCUCCAGGAAACAACCGGUCAGAAACUUCCGCCGAUAUUCGGAAUCCAAUGGAAUGGAUCGAGAAGCUGGAAUAUGAAACGUUUAAAAACGGAUACAACGAUAAAGGACCACUACAAGGCCGGUUCUAACCCCAUAGCCAUUCGGAAACAUAUUGCGGAACUUUUAAAUACCCGGUACGCGGAACACACUGUUCGCUACUCGGAUGGCUCCAAAGCCUCAAAAAGAGUCGGGAUAGGAGUGACAGGUCCAGACAUAUCUACCUGUCAUCGCCUUCCAGACGCUUGCAACGUCUUUUCAGCAGAGGCGGUCGCAGCGUACUUUGCAGCAACCCAUCCAUCGGACAGUCCCGUUCUGGUGCUGUCCGACUCGGCCAGUGUGAUAUCAGCGAUUGACUCGGAAAGACCGACACACCCGUGGAUUCAACAAAUCCUCAUGGACACACCUCCAGAUACCACAUUCAUGUGGAUACCGGGCCACUCUGGAAUACCCGGGAACGAUGAAGCGGAUCGUCUUGCAGCAUCGGGUCGACGAAGGGCACACUUCACAAGUCUAGUUCAGGCAGAUGACGUGAAAACAUGGGUGUCCAAACAAAUUGAGCAGAGAUGGGCUCAAGAAUGGUACGACGCUGGUCGACGUGGAACUCGGGAAUUCUUUCUACGCAAGAUUAAAGCGACAAUCUCUAAAUGGGAGGAUCCCCGGGGACACCGCGAUCAGCAGAUUAUUUCCAGACUCAGAACCGGGCAUGCCGCUUUUGCCUACAACAUGAGCGGAAACAGAGACAGCUUCCGAAUUCAAUGCGGUUUGUGCCGCAGUCACCAGUCAGUAGAACAUGUUUUAUGUCACUGUCCACAAUACGAUGGGUCAAGAACACUACACGGGGUCCCUGGAAAUAUCAGAGACGCUUUAGGCAAUGACACAUCCACAAUUGCUGCAGUGAUUGCAUACUUAAAAGAUAACAACAUGUACAACCGGACGUAA